AUGUCGCAGAUCCACGCCAUGUCCGACGACCAGGUCGCCUCGGAGCUGCGCAAGAUGACUGCCUUCAUCCGUCAAGAAGCCCUGGAGAAGGCCCGCGAGAUCCACCUCAAGGCCGACGAGGAGUUUGCCAUUGAAAAGUCCCAGCUCGUGCGCAACGAGACCCAGUCCAUCGACUCGCAGUACGAGAAGAAGUUCAAGCAGGCCGCCAUGUCCCAACAAAUCACAAAGUCCACCCUGUCCAACAAGACGAGACUGCGCCUGCUGAGCGCUCGCCAGGAGUUGCUCGACGACCUCUUUGAGCAGGCCAACAACAAGCUCGCCGACAUCACCACCAUUGGUGACAAGUACCAGGACAUUCUCAAGAACCUUAUCCUCGAGGGCCUCUACGCCUUGAAUGAGUCCAAGAUCACCCUCCGCUGCAGGUCAAAGGAUGAUGAUGUUGUUCGCAAGGCUGCCGACGCUGCCCAGGCAGAGUACAAGGACAAGAUGAACGGCCGCGAGACCGAAAUCACCAUCGACGACAAGGACAAGCUGCCUGAGGAGACAAUCGACAUCAACAACACUUUCGAGGAGCGUCUUCGUCUGCUCCAGUCCGAGGCUCUUCCCAGCGUGCGAGCCACUCUUUUCGGCGAGAACAAGAACAGAAAGUUCAAGGAUUAA